GCUCUUGCUUCCCAAGUGGGUUUGGAAUGGCAUCCUCAGGCCACUAUGAGGAAAGGAAAGGUGGUGAUGAGCUCUAAAUCCAUCAUCAGUUCCUUGGAUGUCUCUUAUGUUGUUAGCAAUGCCUUGCACUUCGAAACCAACAUGGAGCAGCACCAAGACCGCCUUGAUAAUGGCCUGAUGUAA